UGCUGCAUUGUGGUCCCUCCGGCAGCGCGCAGCGAAGAUGGCUGAGAGGCAGAAGCACGACGGGCGGGUGAAGAUCGGGCACUACGUGCUGGGGGACACCCUCGGCGUCGGCACCUUCGGCAAAGUCAAGAUUGGAGAACACCAGCUGACAGGACAUAAAGUAGCCGUAAAAAUUUUAAAUAGACAGAAAAUUCGGAGCUUGGAUGUGGUUGGGAAAAUCAAGAGAGAAAUUCAAAACCUAAAACUCUUUCGGCACCCUCAUAUUAUCAAACUAUACCAGGUCAUCAGCACUCCAACGGAUUUUUUCAUGGUAAUGGAAUAUGUAUCUGGUGGCGAAUUGUUUGAUUACAUCUGUAAGCAUGGACGUGUGGAAGAUGCGGAAGCUAGACGCCUUUUCCAGCAGAUUCUCUCUGCAGUGGAUUACUGUCACAGGCAUAUGGUUGUCCACAGAGACCUGAAACCAGAGAAUGUGCUGCUGGAUGCACACAUGAAUGCCAAGAUAGCUGAUUUUGGGUUGUCGAACAUGAUGUCAGAUGGUGAAUUUCUGCGAACCAGCUGUGGCUCCCCAAACUAUGCAGCUCCUGAAGUCAUCUCCGGAAGGUUGUAUGCUGGGCCUGAGGUGGAUAUCUGGAGUUGUGGUGUUAUUCUCUAUGCUCUUCUCUGCGGGACGCUGCCAUUUGAUGACGAACACGUUCCCACGCUCUUUAAGAAGAUCCGUGGAGGUGUUUUCUACAUCCCCGAAUACCUCAACCGUUCAGUUGCCACUCUCCUCAUGCACAUGCUGCAGGUUGACCCACUCAAGCGAGCAACCAUCAAGGACAUAAGAGAACACGAGUGGUUUAAACAAGACUUGCCCAGUUACUUGUUUCCAGAGGAUCCUUCUUACGAUGCUAAUAUCAUUGAUGAUGAUGCAGUGCGGGAAGUUUGUGAGAAGUUUGAAUGCACGGAGUCAGAGGUGAUGAACAGCUUGUAUAGUGGUGACCCACAAGACCAGCUUGCAGUAGCUUACCACCUUAUCAUUGACAAUCGGAGAAUCAUGAAUCAAGCCAGUGAGUUCUACCUCGCCUCUAGUCCGCCCACUGGCUCAUUUAUGGAUGACAGCACUAUGCACAUACCUCCGGGGGUGAAACCGCACCCAGAGCGGAUGCCUCCUUUAAUAGCAGACAGUCCCAAAGCACGGUGUCCCUUGGAUGCACUGAAUACUACCAAGCCAAAAUCUCUGACUGUGAAAAAAGCCAAGUGGCAUCUAGGAAUCCGCAGUCAAAGCAAACCGUAUGACAUUAUGGCUGAAGUGUACCGAGCUAUGAAACAGCUGGAUUUUGAAUGGAAGGUGGUGAACGCCUAUCAUCUUAGAGUGCGUCGAAAGAAUCCGGUGACCGGGAAUUAUGUGAAAAUGAGUUUACAGCUUUACCAGGUUGACAAUCGCAGCUAUCUUUUGGACUUUAAAAGCAUUGAUGAUGAUGUCAUGGAGCAGAGGUCAGGCUCAUCCACACCACAGCGCUCAUGCUCUGCGGCUGGCUUGCACAGACCAAGACUGAGUAUUGAUUCUACCACUGCUGAAUUCCAGUCGCUUACUGGAUCCCUGACUGGCUCCUUGAUGGGGAGCGUGGCCUCCGUUACGCCACGCCUGGGUAGCCACACCAUGGAUUUUUUUGAAAUGUGUGCCAGUCUGAUCAUGGCAUUAGCUCGCUGAUGCUCAGUGCUGAGGCACCUGUCCCUCGACACGCGUGAUUGCACGGAGAAUCUGGUCCUAGGUGGUUUCUUUUUCCGUUUGUUUUGUCGUAUCCUGGGCAUAGCGUACACUGUCGUGCACAAACACUCCCUCCAGACCCAAAUACUCCCAUCGGUGGCUCCAGUUGCCAUUACAAAGCACUGAGGGAAACUAGAAACAGGUUUGUCUCAUUUAUUACACUAGUUUCACCACAGUAUAAACCAAACUGCUUUUACUAGUGAAGAUGAAAUGUGAAAAACCGGGCCUGGUUUUAAAACAGUAACUGCAUCAGUGAGCAACCCUUCCCGCAGUGCUGCCUGUCUCUACAUAUGGAAACUUGGCUGAACCUCAAUAUCUACAAUAUGGGUAUUCUCUAGUGACAUACAUAUUGUAUCCCCUCUGCUAGUCAAGGGGGCUCACUUGCGUGAGCCAGAUGAGAGGUAUAAACAAGUAACUAUAUUAAACAAAAUCCAGCUCUAAUAAAACUCCUGCAAUAUUUACAAACUGAUGCCAGCCAAUCUCUGUGAACAGCUCUGGCAUAAAAACCAGCAGCUGCAUGGAGGUUUCUGGGAUCUUGGAACACGCAACCCCGUUUUAGAUAUCAGGUGGCAGAAGUGCAGGGUCACACAUGAGGCACGGCUCACGCCCCUCAGAGACCUUCACACAUUAAGGCUUUGAAUUAGAGAGAGCUGUUUCCCCAGAUGAUUUCCCCCUCCCUCCUCCUGCUUUGGGUCUAUGGAAUAGUCCUGGCCUGGUGGCCUCCUUUUAAUGUUCAAGGCUACUUGGUUUUUCCCCCUCUCUGGCCACCAAUUGCAUUGCACGAUAUAUACUCAACCUGCUUUUGGUCACGUUAGGGCUCCUGUAAAUUACUACAAGCCUUGCCUCACCUCCUACCAAAUAUUUCAGAUAGCUGUCUUGUAAGCAGCACAGAUUUCUGAGCUGGGGAAAAAUUCUUAACUUCUCAGUAGAUGAAGCCGAUACCAAGGUUUGUGCAACGCUCUGUUUAACAUUUCUGGAGCGGUGAGAAAUAGUCACUGGUCUCCCUUUCAGGGUAUCAGCCCUCCUGAGCAGAAGCAAGUGUUGGGGAGGUAGAGGGACUGGGUGGAGGGAGCCAUUAGAACACACUACACUGAAGGUACUUGGUAGGAGCAAAGGAAAAAAGAAACUAGACGAGGGAUUUCUGGAGGGAGAGAGCCUGAGAGAUUGGUGGGGAGUUGACACUGUCUGGGUGGUAUUAUCAAGGACAGUGGGGAAGGGGUGGGGGAGGGAGGAGGAGAGAACCACUCCAUUCUGCUCCUCACCCCAUUAGCUGCCCAGGCCCAUCCCAAUCCUCGUUCAGCCCAUAAGUGACAAAAUAGUUGGAUUGCUUAAGUGGUAGUGGCAAUUUUCCUUUGUGAAAUGCACAGGCACCUGGGAGUUUCCAUAGGGUUUAUAUUUCAAAUGAUCUCUCAGAGCAGGUCCUUUUCUUUAUCCUUGAUCCCUUUCCCAAGUCAGCUGCCAAAUGUACCUUACCAGUCCUACAGCGCAGAGGGUCUCCCUCUUGUACUGUUUCAGGAUAGUCAGCAGUUAAGUUUCAAAGUGGCGUUCCAGACCGUAGGGCUUUCAUGUACUUCUAACACUUAAUAGACUGUGACCUUCGCUGCUAUAGUGAUAAGGCAGGGAUGUCUUAUAGAUUUAUUAUUUCUUUACUAUUGGCUAACUGAAGGAUAAGCUUUUGCUAAAAUAAAGAGAUGGAUGUGUAAGGUUAAAAGUUUUGUUACACAAGGGUAAACUCCAUGGAUGAACUUUUACCAAAACUUUUUUUUUUUAAAAAAUGACUUAGGCUUAAUCUAAUGGGUACCAUUGGCAUUUGCCUAGUUUUGCUAUGGUAUUUAAUUCCUAUCACCUGACUAUCAGAGACCAGGGUCAAACUAAUCAAGUCAAGAAACAGACACUGCAUGAAAACAUUGCCAAAACUCUUGCCUGUUUAUUUAAAAAAGUAAAAGGAGAAUUUUGGCAAGGGGGCUGCUUCUACAUUAGUGAAAACGAUCAUCAUUCUACUUGUAAAGCUAUUAAAAACAGCCCAUAAGGUUCUUUGGCUAGGAACUAUUUAUUGUGUUAUUAAACUCCACUAUACAUCCUGAAAGUUUCUAUAAGAAGCAAGAAAAAAAUCAUCAUACAUUAGGCCUUUUGUCUUAAUCGUUUGAGAUAAUGUAGACAAAUAUGGGAUAUUUUGCUACCUACUGGCUGUUAGUGGGACACUUUCAGCUUAAAAAAAAGUCUAAUUUUUAAAAACAAGUUGCCUUACUUUUGUUGCAGAUCACACUUUAGACUUACACAAGUGUAACUUUACAACUCUGGCUUUUCCACUAUCUGUGCCCAUUAUUUACUCUCUGCCUGUCUUUCAGGUUAGACAAGAAGAGCAGCGUAGUCUGUUUCAAAAUCAAUUUCACUGUCAGAGUCCUGUAUACAGUACUAGCCCAGUGCUGCAGUAUUUGAAUUACAAGCCCUGCAGCAGAAUGACUGUGCUUUUCAAAGAAACGCAAGGAAUGCGUGUCGGGUUCUUUGCUUGUUACAUAACCUAUUUUUGAAAAAAUAAAAUAUAAUACUGUAGGGUGGAGGGAUCUCCAUGGCUUUGAACCUGUGCCUGGUAUUUGUAAAAUUUUACAAGCCUUUUGCUUGUGUGUCAGUGAUGAUGCAAGUCAGUGGAGAAUCCAGCCCCCUACCUCUAUACAUUUGGGGCCAAAUGUGAUUUCCUUCUGGCCCCUGUAAGUUCAUGUCACUUUCGUAAUAGGGAUUCCAGUUUUGUCCAUGCAUCGCUUACCUAGCAUUUUAAACACAAAAAGUAACAGAACUUUGUUCUUCUGUCGAAAAAUACAGUGCCGAUAAUGUAUCUCAGGAUCCUGCAGAUCCAGGCCCAUGCCUGGAGAAAGUGAUGCACAUGACCUGCAUGUCUGCUCCAAAUUUUUUACGACACCUUUGGAGAAAAAACCCUGGGCAUGGGGGAAAUGGACCUUUCUGAUCCAUAGAAUAUGCCUAAUAGGCCUUAACCAGAGCAAGUUUUCAGUUUUAAGGCAGGAAGGGGUAGAAUAGUACAGCGGUGGACUACUGGAGGCUGGCAGUAGUUUGGACAUUGUAGAUGGAGGGCAUCUGAGAGGUGAGCAGGGCCUACUACUCAUUAGUAUCUGAGUCAUGACAACAUGGCCUCCAUCACCACCGCAUUGUGCACCAUAGUCUUCAAUCUGUUUGUCCUUUAUUGUCAGGUAGGGAAGUGUUAAUUAUCCCCACUCGCCUAAGGUAACACACCAAGUCUGUAGGAGAGCAGGGAACUGAACUCUCUUCUCCCACAUUGGCACCACUAGAGUUCCUUUAAGAUGACACACUCCCUUCCUACAGGGUUAGGACAUGUGGAAUUACUAGGCACUAGGGUAAGACUUACCACUUACAUAGCACUUUACAUCUUUAAGAUGCUGUGCAAACAUUAACUAAUGAAUGAAGCCACACAGACAUGCCUUGUUGAGUAGGUAGUAAUAGAAUAUCCCAGUUUUACAGAUGAAGAAACACUUUCCAAAAGAGGCUAAGCAACUUUUGUACUAUAAGUCAACAGAACACAUUAGUAGCAACCACAUUAGUACUCAGGUGUUCCUAACUGUCAACUCCUUUAGUCAAUUUACUAGAUAACACUGCCUCUGCAGAAGGCUUGAUAGAGUAGCACCUCUAUUAAUAUAGAACAUUAAACUAUCCAUUCAACUAUCUAACCCAACUCAGCUGUAUAUUUUGCAAUCUUUUGAGGAACUGUAUUAGUUAAUGCUACUCAUAUAGCAUGAGUUAUUAUGUAUUCUAACGAUACAGAAGCUGCUGUACUCAGAUAUAGUUUCAGAUGGUCAUUAGCCACAUCUUUAGCCAACUUUUUGGUUAUACUUAUGCAUUUAUCAUCAUUUGGGCAAGCAGGGUAGAUAUAUUUUAAUUAUACAGACUUGAACUACUCAAAGUGCAAUUUUCAAGCAGUGGAUAUCUACAUUUUGCAAAUCACAGGUUUACCGGGAUGUCAGAACACUGACAUUUUCUAGACUCAAAACUGAACUUUUCAAGAUUGAAGGCAGGAUUAUUUUUUUUUAACGAGACAAGUUAAUUUUUACCCAACACAUUAAAAUUUAGUCCUUCCAAAGGUGUACUUUAGGACAGACACACUAACACCGUAGGAAGAAAUGACACAGCUUUUUGUCAGUCUCUGCUGUAUUCUUAUUGUGGUCAUACCAAUUCAUUUACAUCAAAACAGAAGAGGUUAUCUAGUUUAGACGACCUAUCAAUCAAUUCCUGCCCAAUUUACAAAAAAACUCAAGCAUCAAUGGGGUAUUUUAUACAUCAGAUUUAGAAGAAAAAUCCAUACAUUUUACAUACAAAAUGAAUUUGUGCCUUCUACAUAUGUUAAUUGCAGAAAGUCAUAAUUUCAUUUCACUUGGUCUGCAAACAACAUGUUUGAUUCAGCAUCAUGCUGACAAGAAAUGCAUAGAAUCUUUAUAAAUACUUGAAGUGCAUUUGUUGUGUUCUCAUUUUGGCUCAGUCUUUAACUAGUUUAGUUCUAGAAAGAAAUGUCAUCCUAUUGAUAAAAGACACCUGCUCUAAUUUCUUUAAUAUUUUACUUGUAGUGUACAAGGAUGCAGUGAAGUGCAACUUAAAAUGUACCAUCAAGCUACUGCAUUCACCCUUCUGUUUUCCCCCUCAGUCUUAUUUUCAAUAUUUCCUGUUGCUUAUUUAACACUUCCCUUUAGUAUGCUUUUGGUUCUUCCCCAUCACACAUUUGGAUAUUCAUUUUUAUAGCUUCUUUUUGUAAGACACACUAGAAGAUCAUUACUCAGAUUUAACAUGGACUAUAAAUGUAUUGGUGAGUAAAAUGUACCCACUUACCCUAUCCCCCCCACACACACGCUUCAAGUCUUCAUGGAUAUUGGUAUCAGAUUUUUAACCGACACUAAAAAAAAAAAUCCCACUUUGUGUAUGUGUUUGUGUGACUGAACACUGACUCAGUACAAACUAGGAUGUUGAUAUUAUAUGCAAUGGUCUAAGCAUUUUAUGCACACAUCUUUGCCAUUGUUAAUAAUCAGGAGAACUGGUCAGCAUAUCAAAGAUCCAAAUGGUAAGCGUGAAUCAUUUUUUCCUAUAAAACCAAGUAGUACUCUAUUCUCAAGCAAAGUCUUGAUGCUCCUGCUGCAGCUGCCUUAACUUAUCUUUGUAACUUAUUUAUAAGACUGUUCAUGCUCAUCUGUGGUUUUCUGAUCUUUUAAAAUGUGGGGUGGGGGACAGGGGGAGAUAGCAUUUCACAAAGCUGUGAAGUAGAUACUGCAAACAUUGUAAUAUUUAUUCUUGUUGCUGGAAGCCUGUUCGUGUGUUUCAUAUGUUAUAAUUGUAUAUCUUAUAGCUUUUUCUUCCCCUUUAGAGUACAAAGCAAAACUGAAAAUUACAUGACAGCUAUAGUGUCCUUGACCCAUUAUAUUAAGACAGAUAUCCUAAGUUCUUAGUAAUCUCAGACUAGUACAUUGCAUUUUCCUAUUAAUAUUUUAUUUUAAAGAAAAUGGAUAUUUAUGAUUUUCUCAUUAAAAUAUUUUAGCUGCUAAUAUUAAGAGCUCAGACUAUAAAGAUUUAAAAAAAGGAAUGUCAAACAUGGGGUUCAGAAGACAAAUUCUCUAAAGAGUUUUGUUUUUCUUGGCUUUUCACAUUUAAUUAACAGAAGAACCAAGAAAGGAAAGGGUUUUGUUUUUGUUUUUUUUUUUAAACUCUUAUGAUUAAAAUAUUUUUUGGAUAAUCAUUAUUGUGGAAGGGCACUGAGCAUAGUUUCAGUUUUGUUCUUUGUGCACAUAAUUAUGUCUCAGAUAAUCACAAAAAAAGCCUUUUACCUUCCAUUUAUGGUGUGGAAACUUUGUCUUUGUGUACUGCACUGCAUGGGAUGCGGUCUCCAUGGUUGACAUUUGCACUUUAAUAAACUCAGAAGAAAAAAAAUGAUAGCAACAAAUGUUUUAAAUAUAAACUAGAAUAUCUCAGUACUGUUGGACUUAUGAUUAGUCCAUUUCCCCCUAGUUGCCAAUAUCAAGAGACAACUGAGAAAAAUUAAGGUUCGCCACACAUAAAAGAAAAUGAACUUCCCCUUACAGAUCAGUUAUUUCAUAAUCAUUUUGCCACUGGCUUCAAGGGGCCAGGAUCUCACUUUCUGUCCCAGUAUUCUUGACGUACCUCAUGUUUGGAUAUUUUAGACCUCAAAAUUUCACUGGAUUCCAUAAUAUUAAUAGCCAAACACCUUAACGGGAUGGAUGAAAUCAAUGUGAUCUAGUGGUUACUAACACAAACACACAGAAUCCAACCUUGGCUCCCUGUGCAAAAAGCUGGGGAGGAGCAAGGGGCUGUGGGGCGGGGGAGAUCUUGCAAUGGCACAUCCCUUGAUUGCAGGGGAAUGGUAUAAAAGCUGGUUUGGAAAGCUUGUGAUCUGGUUGCAGGCUCUGUUGCAGCACAUGGAAUGGGUGAUCUAGUGGUUUUACAUAGUUUGCAACAUGCAUUUUGAUUUCCUCUCAGUUCCUCAGCUUCUUUACAUGGUGUUUCCAUGGCCACAGAACUGACAACUAAGCCAAAGAAACUUGGGUUCUCUCAGUACCAAUAAAAUGAUGGUUGGCAUAUUA